AUGGCAAAACAAUACGGCCCGACAGACAUCAAGGCGUCGGCCAUAGAGUUGAUCGGAAACACACCUAUGGUUGCAUUGGACCGGAUAUGGCCCGGACCGGGACGUAUACUUGCAAAGUGCGAGUUCAUGAACCCCGGGGGCAGUAUAAAGGACAGGGCGGCUCUGGGCAUGAUAUCGGGUGCGCUCGCCAACGAACAGCUCAAACCCAACGGACCAAUCGUUGAGAUGACCGGCGGUAACACCGGCGCCGGUCUGGCCGUCAUAGCGGCCGUUAUGGGACACCCAUUGACGUUAACGACGAGCGCCGGCUAUAGCCCUCAGCGGGCGGUUAUGAUGCGGGCGUUGGGCGCGAAGUUAUUACUGGCGCCGCAGGUGGAGGGCGUGCCGGGCAAAGUCAGUUGGCAGGACGCGUGCGAAGCGUUGCGAUUGGCUGAGAGUGUUUGCAAAGAGCAAGGUGCUUUCUACGUGGACCAGUGUAACAAUACGGACAACACCAGAGCCCACGUGGAGACCACUGGGCCCGAGAUAUGGCGUCAGACGGGCGGCCGAGUGGGCGCUUUUGUAGCACAUGUGGGCUCUGCCGGCGCUUAUACAGGGGUUUCACGGUAUUUGAAAAGCCAGAGCCCGGAUGUCAAGUGCUUUGUAGGCGAACCGGCCGGCGCUGAGGCUGUGAAGGGUCUGCCGGUUACCAAACCCGUACAUAUGCUCCAGGGGUCGGGCUAUGGGAAUGUUCCGCCGCUUUUUAGUUACGAUACAAUGGAUGGGACGGUGAGUGUGACGGAUGAAGAGGCCGUUAAAUACAAAGAUCUGUUGGCCCGGACAGAGGGUCUGUAUGUGGGCUAUACGUCGGCCGCUAAUGUGGCCGCAGCUGUCAAGUUGUUAGAGUCGGGUCAGGUGCCCACUGAUGCCUGGGUGGUCACUCUACUCAAUGAUACGGGACUUAAAUAUCCAGAGUAA